ACCUCCCCGUAUUGGCUGUCAUGGCUGAGACUCUCAUACCCAACACACACAUACACUCCAUUUCUCUAUAUCUUUCUCCCCAACCAACCUUCCAUUUCUGAAAUGAAAUAUAUACCUAGAGAGCUUUCACAGCCUUCGGAACUUUGAAAGCCCCUUCAGGCUUCAGCUUCUGCUUCAGUCAACUCACCCAUCCACACCUCUCUCUCUUUUUUCAGGUACAAUCUCCAUUGGCAUCUUCCUUUUUCACCUUUUUCGGUUUCCUUUUCCCCGCCCCACAAACCCUAUAAACUCUUUAUCCCAAGCCAUGAAACAGCUACACAAACAAUCAAGCGUAAACCAUAGACGAGAUGAAGAAAUCCCCACCUCCCAAUCACCUCCAUACUCCCCCAAAACCCUAAAACACCCCAGAUCCCUUCCCAGAUCCAUCAACUAUCUCUUCAAGGAACAACGCCUUCUCUUUAUCCUAGUGGGUAUCCUCAUUGGCUCCACGUUCUUCAUUGUUCAACCCAGUUUGUCUCGCCUCGGCCCCGCCGAGACCCGUUCAACUAUACCCAGAUCGGUUACCAUUGGUGUAACCAGUCGAGAUCAGAUUUCGAUCCCAUAUCCCCAAAGUAAUGGAGCGGGCAAGGUUGGGAGAAUUCCGGUUGGAAUUGGGAGAAGGAGGUUGAGAAUUGUGGUGACUGGUGGAGCCGGAUUCGUGGGAAGUCAUUUGGUCGACAAACUCAUUGCUAGAGGGGAUGAUGUGAUUGUCAUUGAUAAUUUCUUUACUGGGAGGAAGGAGAAUGUAAUGCACCAUUUUGGGAAUCCGAGGUUCGAGCUUAUUCGGCAUGAUGUGGUCGAACCGAUACUGUUGGAGGUGGAUCAGAUCUAUCACUUGGCUUGCCCUGCUUCCCCAGUUCAUUACAAGUAUAAUCCUGUUAAAACAAUUAAGACAAAUGUGAUGGGCACCCUGAACAUGUUGGGCCUUGCAAAGAGGAUUGGGGCAAGGUUUUUGCUCACAAGUACAAGUGAAGUUUAUGGUGACCCCCUUGAGCACCCCCAGAAGGAGACCUAUUGGGGAAACGUGAAUCCAAUUGGUGUGAGGAGCUGCUAUGAUGAAGGAAAACGUACAGCUGAAACUUUGACAAUGGAUUAUCAUAGAGGUGCUGAUGUUGAGGUACGUAUAGCACGGAUUUUCAAUACAUAUGGGCCUCGUAUGUGUAUUGAUGAUGGGCGUGUGGUUAGCAAUUUUGUUGCACAGGCCAUCCGCAAGCAACCUUUGACUGUGUAUGGUGAUGGAAAACAAACACGAAGCUUCCAAUAUGUCUCUGACUUGGUUGAUGGACUGGUGGCACUAAUGGAAGGUGAGCAUGUGGGGCCUUUUAACCUGGGUAACCCUGGGGAGUUCACAAUGUUGGAGCUUGCAGAGGUUGUAAAAGAAACAAUUGAUUCAAGUGCAACAAUAGAGUUCAAGCCAAACACUGCUGAUGAUCCUCAUAAGCGGAAACCGGAUAUCAGCAGAGCAAAGGAGCUGCUGAACUGGGAACCAAAAAUCUCCCUGAGAGAAGGACUGCCUCUCAUGGUGUCAGAUUUCCAAAACCGCAUCUUGAAUGAAGACGAAGGGAAAGGGCAGAAAUAAGAAUGACAUAACAUACCAGUAUGUAUAGUGUGAAGAGCAUAUCAUGUAUUUUGUUGAUUCAAUUCGUUUCGCUAGGAUGUUGCGAUCCAUCCUUGGUCUACAUUUCCUUCUGAAAAUUUCAGCAAAUAUGUCACAUCCGUAGGCAGAUAGAUCUGUUUGUUUAUCAACUCCUGUGAUUUUUGAAGGCAUUAUUGUCACCCCUUUUCUUCUGCGCA